AUGUUGUACACCAAUGUAACAACGAUAAAAGAUUUUUUCCUUGUUGGAUUUCCUGGACUUUUGCCAGAGUAUUAUGGACCUGUGUCAGCUCUGCUUUUUGUGGUUUUCUUGGCUAUAGCUGUUGGAAAUAUUUUUAUUUUGGUGAUUGUUAAAUCUGAAAGGUCCCUUCACAAACCAACGUAUCUUAUCUUUUGUCACCUGGCAUUAACUGACCUAAUGUUUGGCACUGUUACUCUACCAAAGAUUAUAUCAAAAUACUGGUUUAAUGACAGCAUUGUUGCUUUCUAUGGCUGUUUUGCACAAAUGUAUUUUGUUCAUUUUUUAGGUGCAACUCAUUCUUUCAUUUUGAUGGUGAUGGCUUUGGAUCGUUUUAUUGCAAUUUGUGCUCCAUUGCGUUACACAUCACUUUUCACAAAUACUACAGUUUCUGUGCUUUGUGGUAUAUCCUGGUUUAUUCCAAUUUCAUGGAUGUUUGUUGUAGUUUUCGAUGCACUAAGUCUACCUUUUUGUAAUUCAAAUGUAAUUGUUCAGUGCUACUGUGACCAUUUGUCAAUAAUCAACCUUGGAUGUGAGAAUGUACGAGGAUCUACUGUUCUUGGAUUGAUUGGAGCCAUGGUUAGUUUAUUACUGCCUUUAGGUUUUAUCAUUUUGUCUUAUUUUGUCAUUAUAAUUGCAGUUUUAAGAAUUUCCUCCUCAGAAGGUCACAGGAGGACUCUUUCUACCUGCACACCCCAACUUCUCAUCACAUGUCUCUACUAUUUGCCAAGAUGUUUUGUGUACCUGGCUAAUUUUUUGGGAUACACUUUCAGUGCUCCCAUUCGCAUUGUUGUCAUAAUGCUAUACAGUCUGUUCCCAGCUGUUGUCAACCCAAUAAUAUACUGUUUUAAAACACAGGAUAUUAAAGAAAAUUUGAAAAAGAGAUUCCUUUCUGGUAAGAUUAAUAUAAACAUGAAAAAAGGUUAA